CACAUUCGAUCAGCCGUUUCGUUUGCGCUCUUGUUUAUGUUUGUUUAGAAUAUGAAAACGUGAAUAUGUUUCAGGUAUGAGCGAUUAAUGCGUUUGAUUGGAGCGGAAAGAGAAGCGCCAUGUUUGAUUCGGCUCGGUCUGGCAGAAUUCAAACGCGUUUGUUUACUAACGGUAAUAUUCACUGAGGCUGGCGAUGAUGAUGAUUAUGAUUCUACAAUGAGCGCGAAUCAGAGGACUUUAUUCCAGACAUGGGGCUGCAAUGUGUCUCACACCUCAGACCGGAGCAAAACUACCUCAGACCGGAGGAAAACCACCGCAAACCGGAGCAAAACUACCUCAGACCGGAGCAAAACCACUUUAGCCCGGAUUAAAACCACCUCAGACCGGAUUAAAACCCCCGAGCAGACAGACAGCAGGAGUCUCUGGGGUGAGACAUCAACAGCAGCCGCUGAUGAAGAUGACGAUGAUGAUGUCAUGCUCGUGGCCGUGUACGAGGCCGAGCGCGCGCUGGAGGCCGGUCCGGAACCGGGCUUCGACCCGUCCGCGGGCCGCAUCUGGAUCUACCCCACGAACUGCCCGGUCCGGGAGUACCAGCUGCGGAUCUGCGAGGCGGCUCUGCUGAGGAACACGCUGGUCUGCCUCCCCACCGGCCUGGGCAAGACCUUCAUCGCCGCGGUCAUCAUGUACAACUACUACCGCUGGUUCCCCGCGGGCAAGAUCGUGUUCAUGGCGCCCACUAAACCCCUGGUGGCCCAGCAGAUCCAGGCCUGUCACGGGGUCAUGGGGAUCCCGCAGCCGCACAUGGCCGAGCUCACAGGCUCCACCGCAGCGCAGCACCGGCGAGAGCUCUGGCGCUCGAGGCGUGUGUUCUUCCUCACUCCUCAGGUGAUGGUGAACGACCUGUGCCGGAACACCUGCCCGGCGGCUCAGGUGAAGUGUGUGGUGAUCGACGAGGCCCACAAGGCCACCGGGAACCACGCGUACUGUCAGGUGGUGCGUGAGCUGAGCAACCAAUCGCAGCGGUUCCGCGUCCUGGCGCUCAGCGCUACACCUGGAGGAGACGUCAAGGCGGUGCAGCAGGUGAUCUCGAACCUGCUGAUCUCUCACAUCGAGCUGCGCUCCGAGGACAGUCCCGAUGUCCAGGAACACGUGCAUCAGCGCAGCCUGGAGAAGAUCGUCGUCCCGCUGGGAGAGUCACUCACGGGUCAUCAGACCCGGUACCUACAGGUUUUAGAGAAGUUUACGUCCCGUCUGACCCAGAUGAGGCUGUUGAGUCACCGCGACCUCCACUCCCUCACAAAGUACCAGAUCAUUCUGGCCCGGGAACAGUUCAGACGCAACCCACCGCCACACGUCCAGGGGCCUCAGCAGGGGCCGAUCGAGGGGGACUUCGCUCUCUGCAUCAGUCUGUAUCAUGGCUAUGAGUUACUGCAGCAGAUGGGCAUCAGAUCGCUCUUCCUCUUCAUCCAGAACAUCUUCUCUGGACCCAAAGAGUCGUCUCGAGCGAGGAACGAGCUUCAGAGGAGCCCAGUCUUCAUGGACCUCUACAGGGAAAUGGAGACCAUGUUUGCCUCAUCUAGCCGAGGGCCUCAAGAUCCAUACGUCUACAGUCACCCCAAACUGCAGAAACUGGACGAGGUGGUGCUACGGCACUUCCAGUCACGGGCCGAGAGCUCAGAUUCUGAGGUCAGCACACGCGUCAUGAUCUUCUCGUCCUUCCGCGAGAGCGUGCAGGAGAUCGCAGAGAUGCUGAACCGCCAUCAGCCGCUGGUGAAGGUCAUGACCUUCAUGGGUCAGGCGUCCGCUGGGAAAGGGGUUCGAGGAUUCACGCAGAAAGAGCAGCUGGAGGUCGUGCGCCGGUUCCGCGAGGGCGGCUUCAACACGCUGGUGUCCACGUGUGUCGGGGAGGAGGGCCUGGACAUCGGAGAGGUGGAUCUCAUCGUGUGCUUCGACGCUCAGAAGAGUCCGAUCCGUCUGGUCCAGCGCAUGGGCCGCACGGGACGCCGGAGACAGGGCCGGAUCGUGGUCAUUCUGGCCGAGGGCCGAGAGGAGCGGACGUAUAACCAGAGCCAGAGCAACCGGCGCAGCAUAAACAAGAGCAUCAUGGGAAACAAGCACAGUUUCCAGAUGUUUCCUCACAGUCCCCGUAUGCUGCCGGCGGGCGUCACUCCGGCGCUCCACAAGAUGCUCAUCAGCGUGGGUCGGUUCGAGCAGAACGCCGCCGGCCGCCGCUCCACGACGGGCCGCCGCUCAGCGCUGGGUCUCCAGACGGCGGGAGCAGAGCAGUCGUGUGUGAAGGACGAGGGGUUUCUGAGCGCAGCUGAAGAGGUCGUGUGGAGGUCAACCAUGAGGCUGGGAGAGGAUGAAGCUCAGCCUGUGUUCAGACCGGCGUCUCUGAUGACCUUCAGUGACCUUCCGCCGUCAAUCCCAGCAUCAGAGCCGAGUGUUGCGGGGCCUGAAUGUUGUGUGUGUGUGUGUGUGUGUGUGUGUGAGCCAAGUGUUGCGGGGCCCGUCAGAGAGCUGUCCCUGUGGGAGUGGAGGCACUGGCAGAACCGGCCGCUUCACACACACACUGUGGGACAUUCAGAACGAUGCCUCCAUUUCACAUCCAUCAUGGAGCUGAUCGACAGACUGAGGCAGGAGGAGCAGGGCGACUGUAGUUUUGAGUCCGAGCUCAAGCUGCAUCUACAGAAAGAAGAUGUUGAUGGAACAACAAACCCAAACGCCGACAGAGCCCCUCGGAAGAAGAGGUCAAGAUCCCACGAGGCGUCCCGUUCUGAGGCUCAGCGGGGAGAGAACGGCAGGACGUCGGCGAGGCCCAUCCCGAGCGCAGAGAACCAGCUCGACACACACGACGGGCUUGAUCCCGAGUCCGAUCCGUCAUCCCAGCACGAGUGUCUGGACUGUCUCCUGGGAGAUCCCGAGGACGAGAGCUCGGAUCUACAGCACAUGUUCUAUCAGCCGGAGCAGAACCUCGGUCCGAAACGCUGCCGUCACAGUCUCACGACCAAAGCCUUCCAGAGGAUCCUGGCCGAUGUGGAGGAUCUGCUGUCCGGAUCGCCUCCGCAGGAGCUCAGGCUCCCAGACCUCGGCGUUCUCCCGAAGGACACGGCUUCUGAUGCGUUCCAGGUGACGUUCAGCCUGGUGUCGGCUAACAGAGAGCUCGAGGAUCCCGGGGCUCUUUCUCCGGGCUGGGACGAGCUGUUCGACGACGAGGACGAGGCCUUCACGAGAGCAGAGGAGGAACGGGAAGAGCAUCGGGAAAAGGAACUGGAAGAGCAUCGGGAAGAGCAGGACAGCGUGGACCUGUUCGGAGACGACGAGGCUUUCCUUCAGCUGAGCGUUCCUGAUAUCCGGACGCCAGAUAAGAGCACUGGACCUGAAGGAGAGCAGGCUGACGAGCACGACACAGGAUCCGAUCAGGCGUUCCACUGCUCGCAGGACUUCUUCUCUGUAAACUUUGACCUGGGGUUCGAGUCCGAGGACGAGGAGCGUGUCGACGUGACGUCUCGUCCGGUCGCAGGAACCGUGAGAUCUCAGCGAUCGGACCGUGUGUUCCCGGGUCAGGCGAGACCCAGCGCUUCCACACCGAGCCGUGUGUUCCCGGGUCAGGCGGACCGUGUGUUCCCGGGUCAGGCGAGACCCAGCGCUUCCACACCGAGCCGUGUGUUCCCGGGUCAGGCGGACCGUGUGUUCCCGGGUCAGGCGAGACCCAGCGCUUCCACACCGAGCCGUGUGUUCCUGGGUCAGGCGGACCGUGUGUUCCCGGGUCAGGCGAGACCCAGCGCUUCCACACCGAGCCGUGUGUUCCCGGGUCAGGCGAGACCCAGCGCUUCCACACCGAGCUGUGUGUUCCCGGGUCAGGCGAGACCCAGCGCUUCCACACCGAGCCGUGUGUUCCCGGGUCAGGCGAGACCCAGCGCUUCCACACCGAGCUGUGUGUUCCCGGGUCAGGCGAGACCCAGCGCUUCCACACCGAGCUGUGUGUUCCCGGGUCAGGCGGACCGUGUGUUCCCGGGUCAGGCGAGACCCAGCGCUUCCACACCGAGCCGUGUGUUCCCGGGUCAGGCGAGACCCAGCGCUUCCACACCGAGCUGUGUGUUCCCGGGUCAGGCGAGACCCAGCGCUUCCACACCGAGCUGUGUGUUCCCGGGUCAGGCGGACCGUGUGUUCCCGGGUCAGGCGAGACCCAGCGCUUCCACACCGAGCCGUGUGUUCCCGGGUCAGGCGGACCGUGUGUUCCCGGGUCAGGCGAGACCCAGCGCUUCCACACCGAGCUGUGUGUUCCCGGGUCAGGCGAGACCCAGCGCUUCCACACCGAGCCGUGUGUUCCCGGGUCAGGCGGACCGUGUGUUCCCGGGUCAGGCGAGACCCAGCGCUUCCACACCGAGCUGUGUGUUCCCGGGUCAGGCGAGACCCAGCGCUUCCACACCGAGCCGUGUGUUCCCGGGUCAGGCGGACCGUGUGUUCCCGGGUCAGGCGAGACCCAGCGCUUCCACACCGAGCCGUGUGUUCCCGGGUCAGGCGGACCGUGUGUUCCCGGGUCAGACCACUCCAUCUCUGAGGACAGAGCUGUUCCAGCGGGGUCUCUCCAGUGCAGGUGUGUUGAGCAGCGACAGCGAGGGCGAGACGCCUCUCCGGACUUCAGCUCAAAGGGCCAGUCCAGGGUUUUCUCCAGAGUCAAAGAUGUGCAGUGACGUGGAGUCUCCGGUUCAGGCUCGCAGGAAACCCGCCGCUGCGCUGAGCACGUCGGAGGACAGUGAUGAUUUCCAGGAGGCGGCUCUUCAUCGGCCCAGAGACGCGAAGCCCCGUCACGGCAGAGAGCCUCGCAAGGUUCUGCGUCGCAAGGCCCGGCAGUUUCUGGACGAGGAGGCCGAGCUCUCGGAAGAAGAAGAGGUUUCGUCCGAUGAAGAUGAUGGAGAUGAACAGAACCGUUCACUGCAGGGGUUUGUGGUCAACACGACCCAGUGCUCUCAGGGUCUGAACGACUCUGAGAUGCAGGCGUUCUAUCUGAAGUCGGUGAGGAGUCCAGCGCUGCAGAACCGGGUCCGAAUGACGUAUAAACCCAAGCAUAACGUCAAUGUGUUCUCACAGGUGCCGGAACAGGACGAGACGUACGCAGAAGACAGCUUUGUGUUUGAUGGCAGUGAAGAUGAGGAGGAGAGUGUGUGUGAGGAAGAGCCCGUGGAGCUGAUCGCUGAGGACUCGUACGUCGACGGCCGGAGACUCUACGCCACGCGCCGCAGGGUUCGGAUCCGCGCGGCGAACGCCACGGCUCAGCCGGAGAGAAGCAAGCGCUCCCGGAUCGUGCGCGUUCAGGACUCCAGUGAGGAAGAGGAGGAGUGUGAGGGACGAGACUCUGUGUUCAAGGUCCCGCAGUGUCUCCAGAAGCGGCAGAGACUCAGUACUCAGGCCUCGCUGUCGGAAGAGCUCGAGGUCCACAUGGAGAAACCGGAGAGCGAGUCGGCCCGGAGUGUGUCAGGCGCUCCUCUGAGGGUGUUAGUGGACGGCCGCUGCAUCAGCGCAGGGUCAGAGGUCGUGUCUCGUCUGCGUCUGCGCCACGGCCUGCAGGUUCAGGUGUGUUCCCUGGUCAGCGCAGACUUCAUCGUGAGCAGCCGCAUGUGUGUGGACUUGCAGAGCGAGUCCGAGGUCUCGAGCGUUCAGAACCGCAGACGCCUGACGGAGCGCAUCCAGCGGCUGCAGGAGCAGUACGAGCGCGUGUGUGUGAUCGUGCAGAGCGAGCGCUGCAAACCGGGCGAGGCGGCGCGAGUGUUUCAGCGCAGCCGCUAUUACGACGGGACACUAGCGGCGCUGGUGAAGGCGGGCGUCCGGCUCCUGGUCAGCAACGGCCCGGACCAAACCGCCUCGAUUCUGAGUGACCUCACGCAUGUGGAGAGCAGGAAAGGUCAGGCUAUCGACGUCCCCCUGGAGGUUAAAGGUCACCGGCAGCAGGCUCUUCAGUUCUGCCUGACGCUGCCGAACGUGAGCUACAUCACUGCGCUGAACAUGUGCCAUCGCUACAGCUCCGUCGGUCACAUGAUCCGCAGCUCAGUGCAGGAUCUGCAGGCGUGUGCGCGUGUGAGCCGCUCCCGGGCCGAGGGCAUCUACCGCUGCCUGCGCUACAGCUACUGCUGCUAAUGCUAACUCACUCACUCUCUGCACUUUAACACAUUAUGAACUAUUGAUUUAUUAUGAUGAUGUCACACAGACGGGGAAUAAUCAGGAUUAUAUCGUGAUGUCAGUAUGUGUGUGUUUUCUGUUAAGGAAAGUUCUGUACAGAUCGAAUUAUGAAUGUUACCAUAAUGGUAAUUCUGUCAUGAAGUAUUUAUGUUUACAGGGGCCAUUUUUAGAAAUAAAAGAGCUCUCUGUUUUUAAUAA